AUGUCAUUUAGAAAUAGUGGUGGUUCUAAUAGAUAUCAAGAGUUUGAUAUCGAGUCGGGAGACUUGACCCGAAAAAAAUCUUUGGUCAGACCUGAAAGACAAAGAAUGGAUCCUAAUCAUCCACAAUAUCAUUAUACUCAAGUUGCCAACCAAGAAUCUAAUCAUUUAAAGAUUCAACCUUCAACUACUGGGUUAGAUCCUCAAGUUUCUCAAGGGAAUUCUGUCAAUGAUGGUUAUUAUCCUAGAAAUAGUUACCAUAGUUAUCGUUCCCAAACAUCUAAUUUAAAUCGUCAAAGACUGUCACUGCCAUCAAAAAGUGUUAGAAUUGAUGCUCCAAAUAAUGAUGAUGAAUCAGGAAUUCCUUUAAUGGAUUAUCAAGAAAAUACCAGUCCUUUGAAAGAAGGUAGAGAAAUUUAUGGAUUAAAUGAUGAAAUUGAUUAUUCUCCUAAUAAGAAUCUUAAAAGAUCAUCAACUAUUAAGAAGAAACAACCACCAAAGAAAAAAAGUAACAUUUAUCUUUGGAAAGUUUAUUGUUAUGUUAUAACAUUUUGGGCCCCAGCUCCUUUAUUAAGUUUAUUUGGUUUAAAAACUAAAGAAAGACAAUUUGCUUGGAGAGAAAAAAUGGCAUUAAUCAGUUGUAUUGCUUAUCUUGGAGCUUUCAUUGCUUAUGUUACUUUCGGAUUCACUCAAACUGUUUGUAAAAGUCAAAAACUUAGAACUAGAAUUAAUCACGUUAGUAGUGGUAAUUUAAUUAUUAAUGGUAGAUCAUUUGAUUUAACAAGAUCAAGACAUCCUUCAGCUGCUGGUAUAACUGCUGGGGCUAAUGUUUUAUAUCCUCCAAUUAAUGCUGGAGGUAAAGAUGCUUCAUUAUUAUUUCAAAAUGUUAAUGGGAAUUGUAAAAAUUUAAUUAAACCAAGAGACAAUUGUACAAUUCCUAAAAAUUCUGAUGAUGAUGUUGCUUGGUAUAUGCCAUGUAAAUUAUUAGAUCAAGAUGGUUCAACCCAACCAAAUUUUACUACAGAAUAUUACCAAGGUUGGUCAUGUCAUACUUCAUCAAUUGCAAGAGAUGCUUAUUAUGGUUUAAGAGUUGAUGGUGAUGUUUAUUUUACUUGGGAUGAUAUUCGUAAUAGUUCAAGAAAUUUGGUAGUAUAUGCUGGUAAUGUAUUAGAUUUAAAUUUAAUCAAUUGGAUUCAAACUGAUGAUUUAGAAUAUCCUGAUUUAUUUAAUAAAUUAAGAGAUGAUGAUCUUUUUAAAGGUCAUGAUGUUUCAUUGAUUUUAACUAAUAGUGAAGAAAGACAUGCUGCUAGAUGUUUAACUGAAAUUGCUAAAGUUGGUAGUAUUGAUUCUGAUUCAAUUGGUUGUAUUGCAUCUCAAGUUGUUUUAUAUACUUCAUUAGUUUUCAUUUUAUCUGUUGUUAUUGCCAAAUUUUUAAUGGCUUGUUGGUUUAAAUGGGUUAUUUCUGGAUCUCAAGGAGCAAAAUUAAUGUCAAAUAAAUCAAUGAAUGAAAGAGAUAAUAAUGUUGAAGGUUGGGCUGAUAAUUCUAAACCCGAUGAUUUAUUAGUUGUACCUCCAAAGACAAGAGCCAAUUAUAAAACUAAUAGACAAUCAGUUUUAAAUAAAAGAUUAUCUUUAGCACCUCAAGAAUUGGAUGAAUAUUAUGUUAACAGUGAUCAAUUAUCAAAGAAUUUCAAAUAUACUACCAUGACUACUCAAAAUCAUUUUUUGAAUAACAAAACUCAAAAAAGAAAAGAAAAGAGACAAUCAACUUUAUUUAUGAAUGAAACUUUUAACUCAUCAACUGAUUUAUUGAAUGCUACUAUGUCAAGACCAGUAUCAACUAUUAAUCCUUUUGAAAUGGAUGAAUAUAAUGUGAUGACAGGUUUAUCACCCGAUCUUAUUCAUCCUGAUGUUGUACCUCAACCUCCUGUUGAAUAUCAACCUUUUGGUUAUCCUUUAGCUCAUACUAUUUGUACAGUUACUUGUUAUUCUGAAGAUGAUUUUGCUUUAAGAACUACUUUAGAUUCGGUUUGUACUACUGAUUAUCCAAAUUCUCAUAAAUUAAUCAUGGUAAUUUGUGAUGGUUUAAUUAAAGGUUCAGGUAAUGAUAGAUCUACUCCUGAAAUCGCUUUAAGUAUGAUGACUGAUUUUGUUGUUGAUCCUGAAGAAGUUGAAGCUUUUAGUUAUGUUGCGGUUGCUCAAGGUUCUAAAAGACAUAAUAUGGCCAAAGUUUAUGGAGGUUUUUAUAAAUAUGAUGAUUCAACUAUUCCUGUUGAAAAUCAACAAAGAGUUCCUAUCAUUACUAUUGUUAAAUGUGGUACUCCUGAAGAAGCUAACUUACCAAAACCUGGUAAUAGAGGUAAAAGAGAUUCUCAAAUCAUUUUAAUGUCUUUCUUACAAAAAGUUAUGUUUGAUGAAAGAAUGACAUCAAUGGAAUUUGAAUUGUUAUCAACUAUUUGGAAAGUAACUGGUUUAAUGGCAGAAUUUUAUGAAAUUGUUCUUAUGGUUGAUGCUGAUACUAAAGUUUAUCAUGAUUGUUUAACUCAUAUGGUAGCUGAAAUGGUUAAAGAUCCAAGUGUUAUGGGAUUAUGUGGUGAAACCAAAAUUGAAAAUAAAAAUCAAAGUUGGGUCACUUUAAUUCAAGUUUUUGAAUAUUAUAUUUCUCAUCAUCAAGCUAAAGCUUUUGAAAGUGUUUUCGGUGGGGUUACUUGUUUACCUGGUUGUUUCUGUAUGUAUAGAAUUAAAGCUCCAAAAGGUAAAGAUGGUUAUUGGGUUCCAGUUUUAGCUAAUCCUGAUAUUGUUGAAAGAUAUAGUGACAAUGUGGUUGAUACUUUACAUAAAAAGAAUUUGUUAUUAUUAGGUGAAGAUCGUUAUUUAUCUUCAUUAAUGUUGAAAACUUUCCCUAAAAGAAAACAAAUUUUUGUUUCAAAAGCUAUUUGUAAAACUAUCGUUCCUGAUAAGUUUUCAGUUUUAUUAUCACAAAGAAGAAGAUGGAUUAAUUCUACCAUUCAUAACUUAAUGGAAUUAAUCUUAGUAAGAGAUUUAUGUGGUACUUUCUGUUUCUCAAUGCAAUUUUGUAUUGGUAUGGAAUUAAUCGGUACUUUAGUUUUACCUGUUGCCAUUUCUUUCACAGUUUAUGUUGUGGUUUAUGCCAUUGUUUCAACUCCAACUCCUAUUUUGUCAUUAGUAUUAUUAGGGGUGAUUUUUGGAUUACCAGCAUUAUUAAUUGUGGUAACUGUCUCAUCAUUGAAAUAUGUUAUAUAUUUCUUCAUUUAUCUUUUAGCUUUACCAAUUUGGAAUUUCGUUUUACCAGUUUAUUCAUUCUGGAAAUUCGAUGAUUUUAGUUGGGGUGAUACAAGAGUUGUUGCCGGUAUUGCUAAAGAUAAAGGACAUGAUGAAGGUGAUGGUCUUUUCGAUUCUUCUCAAAUUCAAAUGAAACGUUGGAGAGAAUUCGAAAGAGAUAGAAAGUCAAGAAUCAACAAUCUUCCAGUUCCAUCGGCUGCUUGGAAUCCUUCAAAUAAUGAAAAUUUAUUAGAAGAUAGCUAUUCAAACAGUCCUUAG